UUGAAAGUUCUUGAUCGAGUCUUAAUUCUUGGUUCAAACACACUCAAGGAUUUGAAAAAUGUCAUCGAGUGCCCAUCAGACAAUCAUGUGUUUGAAGACGUCAGCGAACGAGCUGUGUCAGAUGAAGACCUCUGUAAGAAUCGAUAUCCUUCUUCGUACUUCUUUUUCCAUGACACUUUUUACAUCGAUCUUGAACCAAAAGGAUCUCAAGACAUCACCAGUGAGAUACGAUCAUGGGCUGCAGAACGAGGCUUAGGCAAAACAGAGGUUGCUGACAUGAAUUCUACGAGGAUUGUUGACCUAAAAUGUCGUCUUGGAGCACCAUACCUAUAUGUCCACGCUGGAGCAUGUGAACAUCUAAUCUCCUUCAAUAAUUUAGCGCUUCGAGACAAAUGCCAUCCAAAAGGUCCGUACCCGUCGCCAAUUUUUGAGCGCAACUCUCGCCGCAUCGCUUGUGCUGGUUGCAAGGAGGUUACUGCCGAGUGGGUGGUAUGGGAGCAUGAAGGUAUACCAUCUCCUGUACAGUAUUUUUGUGACUCAUGUUACAAGGAUUUCAACUUCGACGUACUUGGAAGGAAGAUUUUUUCAUUCAAGGCUGCUCCGUUGUACGAUCGCCAUAAUCGCAAGGCUGAU